AUGAAGGUAGGGACAUUGUCACUUUUACGUUUGGGUUUUUGAAAGACCACACCUAGUCAUUUUGGAUUAAUUAUUGGAUAACCUAACCGGUAACCAAUAUACAUUAAUUUCCCUGCACCGAAAAUACUUUUUUUACCGAGUACUUCUCGUCAUAUCUCAGCCACUCGAGGGAAUCCACACUUUUAAUUUAUGUGCUUGUUUAUGAGUUGAGACUCCUAUUCGCGUUCCAGUAACUUUGCCAUUGUCAUCGAAAUUGCUACUUUAUUUUGACGAAGCGUUUAUUAUUCCUCUUGACCACGCCGGCCAUUUUCGUCUGAGCAAGCUCUUCUCACUUCGAAGUUUUUGAAAUUUAAAGAAAACAUAUAGACAUGAUUAUUUUGGGACGACUUCCAUAGUUUUUGUCUGGUUCCAUUUUUAACUUGCAGUUCGAACUUGCGUUGUGGGUUUGAACCCAACCGAGGCCUCCAUUUCUGACAAUUUACCCAGCCAUAUACUCCGUAUUCCCAUAAAUAACCCUUUCAGCUACAGUUCCAUUGCACGAGACAAUUGUGAACGUGCUCAUUUCUCCUGCAGAUCUACGAAGUGGGAUCUAACGCAAAGCUCUUAUUGGAAAGGUCCAACCCAGACGACGACAUGGGUUGCAUAGUCGAAAAUGACCUUAUUAUCUCCGCUCUGGGAGCUGUCGUUGACGAGGCUGUCAAACAGUCUGGCACAGAGGCAUACCCUGGUUCCAUGGAAGUGAUGCACAACGUAGUUGUAGAGGACAUUCAACUGCCGAAAUCCUAUGAAGCGGAUGAUAUGCCACGCCUCCGAGUUCGUGACCGUACAUCUUCCUCCGGUGCCGCUAUUCCUAUAGAAGCUUCGCUGCUGGUACGUGGGCUUUUUCUUGGUCUGUUAUCCGUUUUUGAUUCUACUGCAUUUUUAACAUGUAACUGCUUUCCUCUUCAGGUUGGUGCGGAUGGUUUUCGAUCAACCGUCAGGAAUGUUUCAGGCAUCCACACGGUCGGGUGGGAACACGAUCAAGUGGCCAUUGUAGGCAACUUGAAUUUGCCGGAUGUAGGUUCUUCAGAAUUUCUAUCGUUAAAGUGUGUACAGUCUUCCGUUUACCUCAGCGCUUUCCCUUUCACUCGCGGAAGCUGUUCUGAAAAUUGAUUGCUCAACAGCGUUGUCGGUGUAUCAUUCCACUAAAUAUCGUUCAAUAGGUCACUAAAAUCGUAAGGCCCGUGCACCGCCAUAGCAGUAAACAACUAUGUCAUAUGUUCACGUUAGUCCUGCAUGUUUGUCAUAUUAUUUGGAGGAAGGGAAUGUUGUUUCACUUGCCGCACUCGAUUGUAUUUCGUAUGCCCCUUGUCACGUUGUUUGUGAGGAUGAAUUUAAUAUUGUUUCCCGGUUUGGCCUCCGUUUAGGACUACGAUCCUACAAUAGCCUGGCAACGUUUUACCGACAGCGGUCCAAUCGCUCUCCUGCCGGUAAGCUUGACGUGUUGUUUUUCUUUGCGUACGCAUUUACGCUUGUGAUCCGCAAAACCCUUUUCUCGACACUAGUCGCAACGCGUUAUUUUUGUUUUUAUUAAUCCCUUUUUGACCCCCUCUUCUGGAGGGUAUCAGCAUUAGCCAUUGGCUGUCUGGGGUCUAUUUUAGGUCCAAAGUUCGGUCUAGAGUUUAUGAAUUUUAUCAAAUUAUUUGUCGGUAGCCCACUACCUGCAUACGCCGGUAGUCGCCAUGCGACUGCUUACGUGGGUCCUAAAUUGAGUCCCGAGGCACUGCAGGACUACCACGUCCCGUAACCUGAUCGGGGAACGUUCCUCCACCAUAUUUAUCUACUUCCGUUUUAUCGUAGCUUGGACCCAGAAAAUGUUCAACCACUUGGAGUACGACUAAGGCCGAGGCCAAGCGUCUGAUGGCUCUUGAUGACAAGACCUUUGUGAAUGAAUUGAAUCGAUCUCUGGUGAGUCUCUUUUGUCACUUUCAGCCUCAAAGACCUUUUUUGUCCUACUUGUUUUCCUUCAUAAGCCUCGUCAAACCCACUGUCAUUUUAAAACUGCUACUAUUAAUCUGCUAGUAGAAUGUCAUAUUUACUUUCAGAAUGAACCGGCUCACCGUCCCUCUGGACUCGUGGCGUCCAUAGUUGCAGCCGUCGAGUUUGCCCUCCCCAAGUCCAGCGAAUCUUUCAUACCACCGAAAAUCCUCAGUGUCGAUCCUAACACUCGCGCGUGUUUUCCGCUUCUCUUCAGUCAUUCGACUUUCUACCACGCCCCCCGUGUAGCUUUAGUGGGGUACAUCGUACUCUGUGGCAAAAGUCUUGCUCACAUGUAGUGGACUCUCGAACACUCUUUAUUUCCUUUUUUAGAGAUGCUGCCCACAGAAUCCUCCCGCUGAGUGGCCAGGGUGUUAACAUGGGUUUUGGAGAUGCGGCCAGCCUUGCAAAAUAUCUCAAUGAGGCUCUCAGUGAGGGGGCUGAUAUCGGUAGGACUUCAGCAUCCAUUUGGCUAUCUGCCCGACAUAAGCGUGCUCACCCAUUUUGUCCUUAUUCUCUACCCUCAAUUUUGUCGCGCAAAAUAUUUUUGCUGAAUUUAAACAAGUAUAAAUUAAUUAAUCCAAUUUUAUCUCAGCCUCUCCUCGGUUUUUGCGGGCCUACACCUCCGACCGACAACGCUCUGUUGUUCCUAUGGCAGCGUUUGUGGAGUUUAUUCAGGCCCUUUUUUCUACCGAUGCGACCCUCGGCACUCUCGAACCUCCAUCUCGUUCACCGUUGACGAGGCUGAGACGUUUGUCCUCGACGUUGGGCCUUUCUGACGCUAUAUUGAGUAUUCGGGGUCUUGGCCUGGAUCUGGUUGAUUCAAGCAACCAAGUAAAGGUACACUAAAGCCCUUUCCACGUCUCCCAACUCCUGACCUGACUUGGCAGUCAGCCAGCUUCAACUACUAGUUGUCCGACUGUUUUCCUCGCCGUGAGGGUUUAGACUGCCUCAUUUUUGGUGUCUAGAUUUGGAAUGCCGAAAGCAUUCACACUGUUCUUCAGAGACCUUGCAAUGCCCUUCCGAGCACAAAAUUAUGUGGCUAUCCCGCAUGCCCUUUUCAUCGUUAAUUGUUGUUGUUGGCCUCUAACUGAGCAGCUGGUUAUGCAACGUAAAAUGACUGACUGGGAAAUUACCAUUCGAGCCAUGCUGCUGUAUUUGGGUUUCUGGACUUGCGUUACUGGUGGUGUCGGCGAUGUCCAUAGCAUUUAGCAUUUCGAGAUUGGCGACAGCCUUGGCGCCGUCGCCCUGUUGUCGUACUCUUGUAAUACCUCCUCGACAUUGCAGUUGCCCAGAAUUGCAGUUGUGCCAGAAUUUGCAUCAAACAUGCCAUCUAGACCGCAUAAUCCAGUCGACCGACAGACUUUGGCAGACCAGUGGCGCUCGAAGUGAGGCGUCCUUCUUAUUGAUUUGGUUCUUUCAGUCCAACGGUCUUUCAUCUAUCAUAGUACGCUACAAGUCGUGUCUUUUGAGGUCCCCUGACGACAGGAUAGCUCGAUUCUACUAUAGACUGGGAGACAGGACGCAGUGGCUCCCUUCACGCAUGCGAGAUCCUAGGCCUCCCUUCUCAUUACCUAGUGUUGCUCGUAAGAGCCGUGGAUCGGGUCUUGUGUGUGGCCCGCGUAGACGGCCUGUUGAACUUUGACAUCCGUCGCGCCCACCCCCAUUUGUGGUCAUUUUGUCCUUGCUUUGCUCCUGGAACACAGUGGCUGUGGAGGGUGAGGUGAGCCAUUCCUAGUCGCUCUUGUUAGAAGCCCGUUUACACACAGGUCGCCUGCACACCCUUCUCCCCGUCUCUUGCGGCUGGGGGAUUGUUGGUCGUUUCAAACACUGCGUAGGCGUCGCUGCAUGCAACAUUACCCCGAAUAGUUUUCCACUGAAGCCCACGCAGAGUAAAUUUUGUAACAGUCCUGUCAGGCUAUUGCUUUUCCGCAGUCUAAUUGCCGUGGAGUCCGUUUUGAUAAGGCAACAGAUGACGUCUGUUCAUUUUUAUCAACCUGGCUAGUGUGUGGACGCAGAUCCUACCUAGGUCUGAAACGCUUUAGUGCCGAAUAAGUGUGGUCUGUUCCUCUUUGCCCUUUGUAGAAAUUCUUCGUCGACGCGGCCUGCAAUGGACGGAUUCAAGUCCCCUUCUCAAAAUGA